UGUGAAUGACAAAAAAGGUUUAUUUAAUAAUGGGGGAAAGGCCGGAACAUAGCCCGGGGUAUCAAGAAGGAAUUAAGAAAAUAAAACAAGGGCUUAUGAAGAAAUACUAAUUGCAGCUGUCCAGCCUGUUGGGUGAUACAGGUUAUUUUUCUUAAAUUUCAAGAAGCUUGCCAUGCUGAUCCCUCAAGGGCCUGAGGUGUUAAAUAUACACUUCCCCAGUGAGUAAAGCAGAUUGUUAAUUAAUUUUUUUCUUAUUAGACCUGGUUGCUGAACCUUUGAGUCUUGCAUGAAGUAGACAAUUCUACAAUAAAUUUCGUUUUGCCUCUGGAUCUAUGUCAGCUUCUCUGGGUGGUCUCUAUUUCAUUUUGUCCCCUUGCAGUGAAUUUCUAGCUGUAUAAGCAGAAAGACUGAGCCUGCUCUUGUUUUAAAACAAGCUGCAAAUACUCCUGAAAUGGAGAUUUGUUAUGUCAGGUGAGCACUACAGCAGCUGACACUGUGAGAGAGGUGAGUGAGCUCAGGUUGAACAUGAACCCUCCCAGGUUGUGGCACAUUCUGUCAGCAGCAGGUGAGGCUGGGGUUGUGUGGCCAGUAAUUGGUUUUUCUAAUGUCAGUGGCUACUCAGCGGCGCUGAAGCAGAGACAAAAUGUUGUUUUGUCGUGGCUGGGCCACCUGCUCUGCUCCAGCCAUUUCUCCCCUGAGAUGUGCUGGCUCUGCAGAACUCCAAGUGUUUUCCAGCCCGUCUGAGAGCAGAGGGUGGAAGGACAUGCUGUCCUUUUCUGGACAUAACAUUCCGAUUGCUUCAGAAUAAAUGACUGGGGCUUGGGAUGAAGAUCAGGCCACUGUUUGUGUAGAGAGAUGGGAAGCGAGGGACAAACAAAUUCUGAGUUAAAAAAUUCAAAUUUAACAUCAGACCAUGAAACAGUCAAAGUAGAAGGUUAAGAGCUCUGUUGUGUCAGAAAAUAGUGUGUGAUGUAGUCAUUAAGCUUCAGAUUCCAGCACUGUGCUUUUUCAGGUUCAGGCAGAGGUGUAGGAAAUUUCAGCUUUGUUCUGAGCCAUUGGUAUGUGCAGAACCUCCACAGUGAAGUUUUAACUUUCCUCCAUGUCUUGCUGGAAUUUGAGAUGAGCCAUUGAAAGAGUCAGGUUAAAGAGAAUGCAUCUAGGAUUAGUGUGGAUUCAUGAUCCUGCUGAAGGGGGCUCUCAAGUGGGGAAGAAUGUCCAGUAAUUUUGCUUUGAUCCUCUUCACUGAGGUGUAUAAGCUGUGAAAUGAUGGGAAAGAACAACACAGCAGGACUUGAGAUAAAUCCUCUGAGCAUCAAGAUUCAGGUGCCCAGUUCUCAGGCUGGCAGGGCUUCCUUCAGCUCUUCUGACUCCAUCUCUUGUGAGGGAAUUACAGUGGGUUCAGCAGUAGUUUUGGCCCAAGUAUGUCAGAGUAAUUUGUUACAUUUUUCUAAACUUGGCAUGGUACUGGAGUUUGAACAUGCUCUUGUUGUGCAUGGGAAGGUGUGAGCCUGUGGGAGGUGUGUGCUCCCACUCUGUGCCUGACCCUGUCCUGCUGAGGGAGUCAGGGGCUCACACCCAACUGAGUCUCAGGCACAGCUGUGUCCUGCACCCCCUUCCUCUUAGGAGCCUGUUUUGCCCGCUGCUUCCUUUGUUAGGUUGUUUUUUCCUCCUACCAGCUUUUUCCUGUCUUUUUUUCCUCCCUUCUUGCUCACACACAUGCACAAAGCAUUGUUUAUUUCUCAUCCUGCCCCUUCUGUUCUCUCUGCCUUCAGAUCUUUAUUUCUAUCUUAUAUUAAUUCUAAUCCUCUGGAAGCUGGGCUGGAGGGUGAGGUUUCAAUAUCGCUGCUUUGAAACAAACCUGUUGGGAUUUGUAAUGGACAAGCAGAUGCUUACAGGGGAAUAUCACUGACAUCCCUGAAAUCCAAGAAAGUAAAAGCCAUCUUUAGGAAGUCACUGAAAAACUGCAGGUUUUGCUGUAGGAGCAUAGACAACAUAGAGACUUCUUGGGGUUUUUGUUCUUUAAAAAGAUUAAAUGGAUGAUCUUUAUCUUCCUCGUGAUAGCUAGAUCACACACUGAUCUCUACUGUUUAUUUCUUCUGCUAAAACCAAACAAAACAUAGAAACAAGACAGCUGAAGGUAGGGAAAAGCAAGGGUUUUGAAGCAUGUCCAAACCACCAAGAAUCAUUCACUUUCCUUUCAAAUGCAGCAUUAGCAAUAGAGCUCUAAAUCAAUGAAAGGUCUAAAAUUAGAUUAUAUUCCUGAGAUCAGAUGUGAAUCACAAGUUAAUCAUAUUUUCUUUUAUUAUCACUGUCUUUACCCUUUUAUUUUAUCCUGAGAAAUUAGGUUUCUGACUUGAAAACAGAGUGAACUGUGAAGGCAUCAAGCCCUGAUGGGUGAGACCACGCCAGAUCACCUGUGGAUGGGGCUCAAAAAUCAUGUGUUUUGGAGGUUCAUGUUACAUGGUGAUUUAUCAGUUAGUGCUGUGUUCCUCUCUCUCCUAGCCCUCUGAUGUAUCAAGCUGUUUCUUAAAUUAAUGAGAAAAUAUUAUUGCUAAAGCUUGCUAAAUAAGGUUUGCAACCCACUCUGGAAGUGACAGGCGAGGACAGCAAGCAAUUAUCUCUUGACUGUGGCACAAAGCUCAGGGAAUUGUAUUCUCCUUUCUGUAUUUUUAGCUGAAACUGUGGUGAGAUGCACCCAUACCUGAAGCAGAGAUACGAGGUGACCUGCAAGGGCGUGCAGGUGAUGUGCAUCUGCUUGUAUGAAAUGCAGCUGCAAUGUUUCCUCUCAAGCAGCACCAACUUUAGUCCCAGAGCUGUGUGCAGGACGCUGCAGGAACUCGAAGGCAGCCCUGUGCCAUGGCACUGGCAUUGUGUCUGUGUGGGUAUUUCUGGGAGAGGUGUGUUUUGGUGGUUGUGUUUCUGGCUGGUUAGAGGUGAAGAAUGAUGCUGUCCUGGAUGCAACAAACACUGUGGACAGUGCAGGUGUAAGGAACAAAUGGUUUGAUUGUAGGAUACAGACUUACAUGAACAAAAAUAAUGGAAUUGCAGGAGGGGAGCCUGCAGAGGCCCCUGCAAAAAGCGUGCAUGGUCGGCAGGAAUGUCCUCAAAGAUGUCCCUGUCUGGCACACCUUGAACACUUCUCCCUGCCAUGGAUCUUGUUCCAGUGUCUGGAUACAUGGAGGCCAUACAGGUGUGGCCACAGAGGAAUGACCACACGUGGCAGCAGUGCAGCUCCCCUAUGAAUGAGGGUCCGUGUCCUUGCAGAGCAGGGUGUUGGUGCGGCACUUUUGUGGCAAAGCACGUGAGGGUGGGCAGCACGUGAUGGCUCAAACCCGGUGUUUGCAGAUCAGAGGGAGACAGGUGUGUGUGAAAGGCUCCUCCACCUUUCCUCUGUGCAGCCUCAGCACUUGCCAGGACAUAAUUAGUGGGGCUCUCGUGUUUCAGGGCGGGCUAUGGAGCAGCUGCUGAAGUGCCAGCUCAGUUGGUAGCCUCAAAAACAAAACGUCCCUUGUUUCUCAUCAGCACUGUGAAACGCUGCCUUCCUGAACUUGGGUUUGGCCCCGCAGCUUUCAGGGUAGACAAAAUGUGAGAAUUCUGCCAAUAAUGUCUUCUUCUAGGUCUGUUUAAUAUCCGUUAUCAAUUUAAUGUGCCACUUUAAUGAGAUUUUGCUUUCUCCAUCUCCUCCAUAGAGCUGAUUACUUAAUGUAUGUGGUUGGUGUUUUCUUUUCUUUUUAGAGGAAACUGCAAGUGAAGAAGUUCAAUGUUUGCUUCAGCUGAAGAGAAUAUUUCCCAAGUCCCGGUGGGAAAAGGUGAAAAAGAGGACCAGAGGAUGUUGCUAGUAGGUAUGGAGAUGACAGGAAGCCAUGACUAGAAGGGGGAUUGUCAACAGGAAACAGAGCACCACAGCCAAUGUGACACUGCUGCACAGUACAGCUGCUGUGCUGUGCUGCCUGCUGGACUCUGAGGCCUGGGGAGCACUGUCUGUCUCCAAGAGAGAUUCUCCUGUCCAUUUGUCUGCUGGAGUUUGAAUUGUUCUGCACCUGCUUAAUCCACUUCACUGGAGCUGGCAAACCCUGGGGCUUUUUUCUUGUCACCAGCUACUGUAAAGUCCUUGAACAGCUAUGGGGAGCAAAAGGUGUGUGUGAGCCCUUUCUGGGCUGGCAGCCGAGCACUCCACGGACCCCAGGCAGCUUUGAGGUGUUUUGGCUGUUCAGUGCUCUGCAGAUAUGAACGCUGAGCUUUGGGCCUGGUUGUUCUCACCAUGCUAGUACAUGGGAAGGACGACUUCCUCUCAGACAUAGCCUACAUCAUCCUGGAACUGAUCAUUGCAGUGCUGGCCAUCCUGGGGAACAUCCUGGUCUGCUGGGCCGUGUAUUUGAACAGCAACUUGCAGAACGUCACCAACUAUUUUGUGGUGUCCCUGGCGGCUGCUGACAUUGCCGUGGGCGUGCUGGCAAUCCCCUUUGCCAUCACCAUCAGCACUGGCUUCUGUGCCUUCUUCUAUGGCUGCCUUUUCAUUGCCUGCUUUGUCCUGGUCUUGACUCAGAGUUCCAUCUUCAGCCUCCUUGCUAUCGCCAUUGACAGAAUCAUUGCCAUCCGAAUACCCCUCAGGUACAAUGGCUUGGUGACCGGCUCUCGAGCCAAAGGCAUCAUUGCCAUCUGCUGGGUGUUGUCCUUCAUCAUCGGCCUGACCCCAAUGCUGGGGUGGCACAAGCGUGCCCAGAUCGAAGAGCUGGGUUCCAACUGGUCCUCUCCCAUCAACUGCAGCAACAGCAUGGUGGCGUGUCUCUUCGAGGCUGUGGUCACCAUGGAGUACAUGGUCUACUACAACUUCUUUGCCUGUGUGCUCCUGCCCCUCCUUCUCAUGUUUGGUAUCUACUUGAAAAUCUUCAUGGCAGCCCGGCGCCAGCUCAAGCAGAUGGAGAACAAGAUGGUACAUGGGGAACGUUCCCGCUCCACGUUGCAGAAGGAAGUCCAUGCAGCCAAGUCUUUAGCCAUCAUUGUUGGGCUGUUUGCAGUCUGCUGGCUUCCACUACACAUUAUUAACUGCUUUACCCUUUUUUGCCCAAAUUGUGCCCAUGCUCCCCUCUGGCUGAUGUAUCUGGCUAUUAUCCUGUCUCAUGCUAACUCAGUUGUAAACCCCCUAAUUUAUGCCUACCGCAUCAGGGAGUUCCGAUACACCUUCCGAAAAAUCAUCAGCCAGCACAUCCUAGGCCGGAAGGAGCCCUUCAAGGCAGGAGCAGCCAGCUCCAGGACUUCCACCCAUGGUGGGGAUGCAGAGAACGCCAGCAUACGGAUCAGUGAGUAUGCGCUAGAGGUAUACACCAAUGGAGAGAUCCACAGGGAUCCUGAAAAGCAGGACUUAAACAAAUGCAAAGCUAGCUUGGAAUGGCACCAGAAUGGAAAUGCUCUGGACUUGGAGACAAAUGGGCAUCUUCCACAUUCCUGCAAAAAUGGGAUUCUCUCAGAUGCAUGCCUGAACAGGGAGCUUCACAGUGAAGAGCUGAUUGACGCCCAGGUGUCUUACUCAGAUCUGGAAAGAGCAGCCUUUGCUGCAGCUGAUGUUUCCUGAUGAGACUUUCAAAGUUUUCCUGGUAGAAUUAUUUUUUUUUCCAUUGGUGACCUCUGCCAUGGCAGAAAGGGAGGUUGGGGGGCGGGGGGAGAGCAGUGUAUUCAGAUCACUGUGGAGAAAGGGGUCCAUAUCCAGGACUAUUGGAUGAUCCUAAAUACCAGACUGGAGAAAAGCCAAGAGACCACCAAAGUGGACUAAGGAAGGAGGGACACGUUACCCAUCAAUGACCUGUCACCAAGAGCAGUGCCAAGGUCGAGGAUGGCAUUCCAAGUUCAGCACUGGGAGACUGCUGAUGCAGAGAUUUUGUGACACUGUGCUGUACUGUGCCUGUGGUUGAGUGCUGGUUUCGCUGUCUUUACCAAUGGAAACAGAAGCAUGGCUGAAUAACAAAGAACAACUGGGAAGGGCCUCUAAGUACUGUGGCCCUGCAACAAGCAGAAGGGGGAUAGCAAAAUCUGUUGUCAGGAAGGAUGGCAGGAGCUGCUUGGAGAGGGAAGGAAUUUGCCUGAUGGGAACUCUGGAUACUUUCAACCAUGGCACUUUGUUUUUCAGUUUGUGUUUUUAAAGCUUAUACUGCAACAGGUUGCUCAAAUGAUUUUUUUCCCCACAUGAUGAUAAGGUUACUUUACUUUAAGUUAUAAAAGAUGGGCAAGAACUCAUAUCUGUUCCCUGAAUGCUCAGUGUUCCAGAUGCACAUAGCAAAUAUAGCUUCUUAGUGCUCCUCUGUGUCAAACAAAUCACCAAAGCUGAGCCUUGCCAAGGAUUUCCCUUGGCAAAAGGGCUGUUAGCAGGACGUGGUGCUGUGGGCCAGGGCUGUGGGCAGUGUUCUCAGGGCAGGGCUGUGAAGAGCUGUGGGUGUGUGAGCUCUUUGUAGGCUGAUGGCAUUUUCUGCUUUCCCCCUGUCCCUGUGCUUCUCCUCCUGAGCUCCUAGAAUGCAAAUUCUUUCCGUGGCCCCAGAUGUGCAUGAGGGGAGGUAAUAUUCCAUAUUUCAGUCACCUUCAUCCUCACUCAACAGGCUGAGGGACUUCUUUCUUCUUUCUUAGGAUAGAGAGCAACCCACCCACAUAUUUCACCUAAUUUUGGAAUUCCAACAAGCUCUAUUUAAAAACCUUUUCUCCUGUGAUUUCAGUUUUUUGCUGUGAAGCCUGAUGUGUCCCUGUGGUGCAGAGGCAAACAGAGCUGGGUCUGUCUGGUUAGAAAAUGCUCCUGCUCUGAGAAGCUGAAAGGUGUCAGUAGUACUGGAACUCAGUUUAGAAACUGCAGUUUCUACUUUCUGUAGAAAAGAACAGGCAAAUCUAUGCUGCAGCAAGUGUACACACUGCUGUGGUUUGUUGCAGAGGUGUUUCAUUGCAGUUUGGUAAUUCUCUGUGUAACAGGAAGUCUGGCAGCUCAAGGACAGCAGAAAACCACAUCAGCUUGAAUUCUACCUGAACAUUGUCUGUGUUUUGUUUUUCAGGCAAAUCAUCCAUGUCCAGUACUACCAGCCUUCUGAGGAGACAGGCAGUAGUGGUCCUACUGGGAAAUGAAAAGUCUUGUCAUUCCAGGGAUCU